CAGCUAAGACAAAGAAGAUGACAGGAAUCCGACGAAGAUGAUGACGAUGAUAACAUCCAUUAUCCCAAUUUUCGUAAAGUUUUUGAUAAGUACUCUGUCUUAUUACCCCAUUUGCCUCCAAAUUUCCAAUUCAACAUGCAAUUUAUUUGCUAAUUGUUUAUUAAAUCAGUCAAUUCAAAACCCCACCGACCGAAUCAUUCAACCCCCUCCUCUCAAAUCUCCCUUCUACUACAUAAGGAGAGAGAUAAAGAGAGAGAGGGGGAUUAACAUUCACUUUGCGUUUUCUGGGUUCUAAGAAUUGAGUUGUUGAAAUUGGAAAAAUGUGUAGAAUGGAAAAUGUUGUAAACAAUUUUGUCAAUGAGAAAGUUCCUCCACCAGCACCUCCAUUGCCUUGCUUUCUCUCAGCUGCAUACCCUAAAAAGGUUAUGGUUAAGUCUAAGUCUAAGGCUAAGAUGAUGUCAUCUUACAAAGAACAAUGUAAUGUGAGCACCGCCACCACGGAUUUGUAUGACCGCCUUUUCGAUGAAGCUUAUCGAGCUGAUGUUGUCGUUCAUACCGAUAAUGGUGGCCAGAUUUAUGCCCAUGCUAGUAUUUUGGGAAUGAUAUCUCCAGUGAUCAGACACGAUUUGAAGCAAACAAAAGGCAAAAACCGACGACGUACCAUCACAAUUCGUGGUGUUCCUCACGAUGCAGUUCGUGUUUUCAUCAGAUACCUCUAUUCUUCAUGCUACAACUCAGGAGAAAUGGAGGAAUACAUCUUGCACCUUCUGGUACUGUCUCAUGUAUAUGUGGUUCCUCACUUGAAAAGAGAGUGUGAGGCAAAGCUAGAGAAUGGUUUACUCAACAUAGACAACAUCAUCGAUGUUUUUCAGCUUGCUCUUCUAUGUGAUGCACCUAGGCUUAGCCUCAUUUGUCACCGGAUGAUCUUGGACAAUUUCAAGGCCGUCUCAGCCACCGAAGGCUGGUACGCGAUGAAGGAGGCUCACCCGUUCCUAGAAAUAGAGAUUUUAGCCACUGUUAAGGAAGCUGAUAGAAGACAAAAGGAACUUUUGAGAAAGAAGAACGAGAGGAAGAUAUAUGUACAGUUGUACGAGGCUAUGGAGGCUAUCGUUCAUAUAUGCAGAGAUGGAUGCAAAACUAUUGGUCCUCAUGAUAAAGCACUAAAGAAAGACGAACAUCCUUGUGGGUACACGGCUUGCAAAGGGCUCGAACUUCUAGUCCGGCAUUUUGCUGCUUGUAAGCUUAGAGUUCCUGGUGGUUGUGUUCAUUGUAAGAGGAUGUGGAAGCUUUUCGAAUUGCACUCCCGCCUCUGUAUUGACUCUGAUGCAUGCAGAGUCCCCUUGUGCAGGAACUUCAAGGACAGAAGUAAGAGGCAGAACAAGAAGGAAGAAAUGAGGUGGAAAAUACUGGCAAGAAAGAUAGUGAGAUCUAAGAGUAUAUGUGGAGCGCCAUUCUUUUCAUUGGCUAGCUCUACGUGACAAUGUAACACACACAUUUUAGAUAUAUGAUUAUGAAAUAAAUGAUAUUCUUUAUUCUUUUA